AUGGCAAAGAUGAAAUUACAAUUAGGAUGUUAUGGUAAAGCCUUUCUACUUGCUGAAUAAGCCAUGAGUACAUUAGAAAAAGAUCUAAUUGAUAGAUUAAAAAAAAGAGACUCAAAAAUUGAAGAUGCCAUGCUUCUUAUUAAUGGUUAUAUGAUUUUAGCUAAAUCCUAUGAGUUUUCAUAAGAAAAUGAUCUAUAGUACAUUCAUAGCAAAAGCGUUUGGGCAUAAAAAAAUUAAUAAGAUUAAUUUUGUAAAUUCUAUUUAAAUGCAAAAUAAUUAGCAAUUAAAUAUUUAGGAAAUAAUAAUCAAAUCAUAUAAAAAUUACAAUAUUCAUGUUCUCAUCGUAUUUAAAAACCCAAAAGUCCUAAACCAAUUAUAUAAUAAAUUUCUAGAUAAUAGUUCAAUUAAUUAAUAUAAGUAUUGAAAUUAGUAAAAGCAAGAGUCCUUAUCAUUACACAACCAGAAAAACCAUUAUUCAAAAGAUGUAUAAAGGGAUCUAUUGACACUCAUAAAACUAUAUCAACAUAAAAUAGCUAAGUUGAUAUGUCUAAACCAUAUAUAAAAUAAUUUAGAGUAAGAUGUAAAUAAAACAGUAAUCAUGAGAUUAAUUCUUCAGAUGAAACUACUAAAGAGAAAAUGCAAAAUUGUGAUACUCCUAUUUCAUAAUUUAAACAAUUGGAAACUAUUAUUCAAAAAAAAGUUGAAGAAUAAUUGACUAUGAAAUUAAAUACAAAAUAAUUAAAUAAUUUUGAAGAUUAAAAGAAAUUGUAGGAAUAAAAUUAAAAAAUAUCUAAUUUAUAUGAUUAAAUUUAAUAACUUAAAGAAUAACUCAAAGAAAAAGAUUUAUAAUAAGAAUAAUAAAAAAUAUAAAUUGAACUCUUAUAAGCUCAUAAUAAAUAAUCAAUAAAGAAUGUUAAAUGUAUUUAAAGUCCUAUUAAAAAAAAUAACUUUAUAAAUGAAUUCUAAAUAUCAAGUGAAUAAAAAUAAUCUUUAAUUUAAAGUGUCAUUCAAACUAAGAGAACUGAAAUUAAUGAAUUUAAUACUGAAUAAACACCUAUCAAAUUAGUAAAUUCUCUAAUUGGAGAAUUUUAAACUCCUGAAAAUAAAAGUUCUAUUGCUGAAUUUUAAACUAAUAAAAAAAGCACUCCUCCCUUUAGUUUUAGUUUUCAUAAACAUUAAUAAUAAUCUAUUGAUGUACCAUUGACUCCUCCUCCAAAUAUUACUUAAGAUAAUACUCUUGAUCAAUCUUAAUAGUGGCCAUCUCAAAAAUUAUAAUAAAUUAGUAUAAUUGAAUUUGAAGAAUCAAUGAAUUUUUCAAUAACUUAUUGUAAAUUAAUUUAUUUAUUAUAGAAACUAAUUAAGAACAUUAUUCCAUAUAAUUAUAACCUAAUGAAAUCUAUAUGAUUUAAGUAGAAAAUGAAUAAUCUUUUAUUAUUGAAAUAUCUCUUGUUACUAAUAAAGCAAAUCCAAAAUUAGAAGAUUUUUGUAUUUUAAUUUAAGUUAAUAUAAAUUCUUAAAGAAUUAGUGAAUUAAUUGAAAUAAGUUCUUUAGCUGACAUGUUAUAACAUACAGUAAAUAAUAUUUGUAUUCCUUAUCCUUUGAAAUACAUAACUUCAUAUAAAUUAUUUAUUUAAUACCUUUUAAUUCCAUUCAUUUAGGUAUAAAUGGAAAAUAAUUAAUACAAGAUUGCCUUAUAUUCAAUUCCUUAAGGUCUUUUUAGUAAUUAUUAAUAAAUCAAUUUAUAUGGUGAUCAAUGUGAAUGGUCUAUGUUUUUUAUAGAGAAUUAUAAAUUUAAACUAGUCAUUUUUCAGAAUAAAAUAAAUAUCUAAGAUUUUGAAAUAAUCUUUGAUUAAAUAUCAUUUGAUGAGUAUUUUGAGUUAUUGAAUAUUGAUUAAUAUAAUUAAUAGGAAAUGUAAAAUAUAUUAAAUACAAUUAAGAAGAUUUAAUAACCUUAAUUUAAUUAUUUCAAAUUGCCAAAUGUAAAAAUAAGAGAUAAAGAUAAAUUAGUAAAUUUUAUACAUAAUUGUCUUAUUUAAAUUGAAAUAUUGAUUAAUGAAUAAAAAUAAAUGGAUAUUAAACAUUAUUUAAAAGAGAAUGUUAUUGCUAUCAAUUUAGAUAUUAUUGAUAAAUGUAAAAUAAGAGCAUCUUUAAUUUAAAGAAUUAAUGGUAGAAUUGAUUUAAUAUUAAAGAAUUUUUAUUAAACUUAUCUGAAUUAAUAAUAAUAAGGAUUUGCUAUUAGUUCUAUUUAAAUUACAGAUGAAUUUAUUUAAGAUAAAUUUCAUAUUGAUUUUUUCACAUUAAAUGAAAGUGAGAAAUAAUUCAUUCUGAGAAAAAUCAGUAAUUAUUUUAAAUUGUAUACAUACAAUAGUUUAUAAGAUGGUAAUGAUUUAGAUUGGAAAAAUGAGAAUCCAAUAUAAUAAAUAGAUUAAAACUUUGGUGGAACACAUAAAAUAAUGAUAGUAGAUUAAUAUAGAACUCCUAUAAAUUUUACUCUAAUAGGUAUUCAAGAUAGACCAGAAUUCAUUAGAAUAGAUAUGUUUGAUACUGAAAAAGUAUAAUAAAAUGGAGUCUUAUUUUUUAUUAAUGAAGAUUAAUGGAGAAAGAGAGAAAUACAAUUAUCUAAUAAGAAAUAAAAAUAAUCAAAAUACAAUAAAGAAUUUGCAAUAUAGGAGAAAUAUUAUUUGAAUCAAGUAUUGUAAGAGAUAGGUUGGAAAGUAAUAGAGAAAUUGAUAAUAAGUAAGAAUUCAAUGUAAAUAAAUUAAGAUGGGAAAAUACAUCGGUUAGAAUAAUUUUUGAAUUAGAAAUCAAUUUAAGAAAAUUGAUUAUAAUUUAUAUAUGUAUAUAUGUAGUAUUUGUAAUUGCUUUCUUGCUUAUAAAUCAGAUGAAAUUUACAAGUACCCUUUAAAAGAAGGAGAACAAUUAAAGUAUAUAUUUAGAGUUAAAUAGUUUUUUAACAUUUAAAAUGAUAGAGAAUUGCAAAGAAGAUCAAUUCAAAAAAUAUGAUUUAUUUAGUCAUCUAUAUUGUAAAUUCUGCGAUUAAGAGAUAGGAAUGAGAAUAGGAAAAGAUUUCUCAAUUUAUAAAUGUUAACUUUAAGAAUCUUUAGCAUCUAUUAAUAUUGGAGUAUAUUCAUUGAAAUAAGAACUUUUAUAUAAAAUAUAACAUAUACUUGAUAAAACUUAUUAUUAGUGUUAUUUAUAAUAAUUACUUAAGAAAGAAUUAAGUAAUGUAUAAAUAAUUCCAAAUGUAAAUGCAGCAAUAAUAAUACAUUAAAUAGAAUCACGAUUAUUAUUAUUGGGAAAGAAUGGUUUAUAUAAUGAUUUAGCAUAAAAAUUAUGGAAAUAAACAUGUGGAAAUGUAUUGUUGAUUUUAUAUGAUAAAGAGGAAAUUAAUUAAGAAGAAUUAAUACAAAAUUUAGCUACUUAAGGAGAGUAACCAUAAAUUGCUGAUUUGUUUCAAUCUUAAAAUUUAGUAUUCUUUACUAAAAUUCUAAAUUUGAAUACAAUCUUAUCAAAAUAUUUUGCAAAAUCAUAUAAUUAAUGUUAUCCUGUUGAAAUUAUAAAAAAAGAAGAAGAUGUCUCAAAUGAAAAGUGUCUUCUCUUAUCAUACUAUUAUCAAAGAUAUAAAUAAUUAGAUCAUCCUACUUAAGAUGAUAAAUUGACACUAUCUUUAAUAAAAUAGUCUCGGAAGUAGUUAAAAUUUGAAUGUAAAGUUUAAUGA